GGGACUGAUCACCCCCGAGACGUGGAAGUGGACAACGCUCCAGUACAGAGCUGCGAGACAGGUGAGUUGGGGAUAAGCCUGGGCUCUGGGUGGCGCGCACCUACAGGGCUUUUAGACUCCCCUCAGGCUCACGCGUAAGUGGCGGAUUCCUUGGGCCUCACGCGGUGAGUAACAUAUUAAAAAAUGGGAAACAUGCUAGGUAGCGGCACUAAGAGCGAGGGUGGUUGUGGAGAAAGCUCUCAAGAGCUUACAAAAGUAUGCAGGGUAUCUGAGCAGGCCCAGUCAGGGAGCUCCCGAGAGGUGUCUGUCAAGGGGAACAAGGAUGCUAAGGAGGAGGACGGGGCUCUAGCCUCGGAGUCGUCUGACUCCGAGGACGAGGGAAAGUUGAAUGGCAGGGAGGCCAAAGAGACUAGCUGUCAGGAGCCUAAGUCGCUCCAUAAGGAGUCGGGUCUGCGGAAGAGUAGAGAGCUCCUGAGUGCGCCCCGGCGCGAGAGGGAGGCGAAGCCUUCCGCCCCACCUUGGGGGCCGUUUCCGGAGGCGAUCCCUCGCCGCGGGGCGGCCGCCCGGGAGCUCCCUUCCUCUUCGCCAGAACAGGAAGUGAUGCACGGGCCCCCAUUUUCCGCCCAAUCACGGCCGUUGUUUUAUGCUCCGCCGCCGGCGGAUCGGUAUUUUCACAGGUGGCUUUGGCAGGGGAGACGCUUGUUUCAUGAGGUACAUCCACCACCUGGGAUGGAUAGUGACCCCUAUGGGAUAUUUCCUGUACAAGUAGCUAUGGGCCAGGGACGCAAUGUACGGGAGCCUUUUGAGAUAAAGCAGAUUAGAGAACUUAAAAAUGCAGUUACAACCUUUGGGCCGACUGCGCCUUACACCAUUGCCAUGCUGGAGAAUCUGUCUUCUGGGCCCCUCACCCCCGCGGACUGGAUUCAGCUGGCAAAGGCCUGUCUGCCCUCGGGCAGUUACCUGGAUUGGCGAGCCUGGUACACAGAGUUCUCUGCCGAGCAGGCUGAGAAAAACGCCGGUCGAGGAAAAAGGGGGCUGGGGAUUUAGCUCAGCGGCUUAAGCGCCUGCCUUGCAAGUGUGCAGUUGUUAGUUCGAUCCCUGGUACCAAUAAAAAAAAAAAAAACGAAAAAGAUAAAAAUAAAAAAUAAAAAACAAAAAGGGGGAGUAAACCCUCGAGGUUUGAUCCCUGGUGAUGUUUGGCAGAUGGACAUCACACAUAUACAGGAGUUUGGGACUCUUAAAUAUGUUCAUGUUUCCACAGACACCUGUUCUCGCGUCAUAUUUGCAACAGCAGAAACAGGUGAAAAAGUGUCUAAUGUGAUCAAUCAUUGCCUGGCGGCUUGGGCCGCAUGGGGCAAACCAAAGAUAUUAAAAACUGAUAAUGGACCAGCCUAUAUAGGCAAAGCUUUCAAUGAGUUCUGCAAAAUGAUGGAGGUUCAAUUAAAACAUGGUAUCCCAUACAAUCCCCAAGGUCAAGGAAUCAUUGAGAGGGCUCAUAGAAGCCUCAAAGAAAUUUUACAAAAACAAAAAGGGGGAGUAGGCCAAGGCCUGGCCCCAAAGGCACGAUUAUCCAUGGCACUAUUCACACACAAUUUUUUAAAUUUAAAUAAUGAUAAUCGCUCCCCAGCUGUGGAGCACUGCAACCCUUCCCCCAACCAUAAAGGGUGGGUGAAGUGGAAAGAUGUCCUGACAGGACAAUGGAUGGGCCCGGAUCCAGUGGUCAGCUGGAACCGAGGCGCGAUUUGUGUUUUCCCACAGGAACCGGGACGAGAACCACUGUGGAUACCGGAGAGACUGACACGGGCAACAAAGCCCUCGACUGAAGAUCAGACCUGCCCUACUGGAGAUCCAUCACAGACCAACCAACAAGAUGAAUAGAAAUAGCGGUAGCCCGAAAUGGACAAAAAGAUCCUCAGGCAUAUGCAUGGCUUGCUCGAUUGGCCCACGACCGAGUCUAGAUAUGGCGGGCAUCCUUCAUUCUCCUCCAUAAGGUGACAA